ACAAACACACCCUCUUCCCCCAUAAAUUCCUCCUGUGCCUUCCGCUAUCUGCACUCACAUUAACACUAGCAGUUUUGUUAGUCCAAAGUCUAUCAUUCUUGUCCCUGAAGUAGAACAAGAUGAGUUUUGAGGAUUCCGUAAAGAAAUCUGAGUCAGUUGGGCCAUGGGGAGGUAAUGGAGGGUCUCGUUGGGAUGAUGGUAUAUACUCAGGAGUAAGGCAACUAGUGAUAGUUCAUGGUGCAGGCAUUGACUCCAUUCAGAUUGAAUAUGAUAAGAAAGGAACCUCUAUUUGGUCAGAGAAGCAUGGUGGAAGUGGAGGCCAUAAAACUGACAAGGUGAAGCUUGAUUAUCCAAAUGAAAUCCUAACUAAAAUUCAUGGAUACUAUGGAAGCCUAAAUCAAUGGGGGCCAAACUUAGUUCGGUCACUGAGUUUUGAGAGUAACAAGAAAACUUAUGGACCAUUUGGUGUUGAACAAGGGACAUGUUUUUCAGUCCCUUUGUCUGGGGCCAAAAUUGUUGGGUUCCAUGGCAGGUGUGGUUGGUACAUAGAUGCCAUUGGAGUCUAUCUCAAGUCCUUGAAACAACCAAAUCCAUCCAAAAAUUUGGCUCAAACCCAAAGCCCCAUUACUAAUAUGACUGAGAAUUUUGGUUAUUCUGUAAUACAAGGAACUGUGAACCAAAACUACGAUAUUGUUCUUGCUGUGAGACAAAAAGAUGAUUUCAACAAACCUUUAGCAAACAAUGUCACCAAGAAGAUUUCUAUUGUCAAAGAAUCCAACAAUAUUGAUCACAAAGAAAAGAUGGCUCAUGUGGAGAAGUCAACCUCUAAGGUUGGAGGUGUAGUCACAUACGGGCCUUGGGGUGGCAUUGGUGGAUAUGUAUUUGAUGAUGGAAACUACACAGGAAUCAGGCAAAUCAACUUGUCAAGAAACGUUGGAAUUGUAUGGAUUAGAGUUUUGUAUGAUUAUGAUGGGGAGGCCAUAUGGGGAUCCAAACAAGGUGGAACUGGUGGAUUUAAAAAUGAUAAGGUAGUCUUUGAUUUUCCAUACGAAGCCCUGACACAUAUAACUGGCUAUUAUGGCUCUUUGAUGUAUAUGGGACCCGCUGUUAUUAGGUCACUAACUUUCCACACCACCAAAAGAAAGUAUGGACCAUAUGGGGAUGAACAAGGAACUUACUUCACCACAAAAGUGAAAGAAGGUAAAAUUGUUGGCAUUCAUGGGAGAAAAGGUUUGUUCCUAGAUGCUUUUGGAGUACAUGUGGAAGAAGGGAAAGUAGUAGUGCCUAUGGCAACUCCUUCCAAGGAAAUCAUCCCUAGAGAAACAAGUAUUGGUGAAACAGGCAGUGCUCAAUGGCCUACAAAACUAGUACUUGCUAAGCCAUCAUCAACAUCUCAAGAGGUUUGUUGUGGUGUGAUGAAAGAACCAGCUCCAUGUGGACCAGGGCCAUGGGGUGGGGAUGGAGGUAGACCUUGGGAUGAUGGAGUCUUUUCUGGGGUUAAGCAGAUUUAUUUGACAAAAGUAGCAGAAGGCAUAUGCUCUAUUCAAAUUGAGUAUGAUCGAAACAUGCAAUCUGUGUGGUCUGUGAAACAUGGUGGUAAUGGAGGAGACACCAUGCAUAGGAUACAACUAGAGUAUCCACAUGAGGUGGUGACUUGCAUAUCUGGCUACUGCGGGUCAAUUGCUACGGAUGAGAGGCAUGUAAUCAUAAAGUCGCUGACUUUCAAGACCAGUCGUGGGCAGUAUGGUCCAUUUGGCGAAGAAGUAGGGAAAUUCUUCACCUCAACCAUCACAGAGGGCAAGGUGGUGGGUUUUCAUGGUAGGAGCAGCUUGUACUUGGAUGCCAUUGGGAUUCACAUGCAACACUGGCUUGGAAAUCAGAAAACUUCAAGGUCCUUCCUCUUCAAGCUAUUUUGAUCAUGUUUCUGACCAAAACAACUAUUUGCCAUUUUUCCAAGUGUUGAGGGGAGUUGGAAAUUUUUAUGUUAAGAGGUUGCAAUUUGAUGUAAUAAUAAUGUGUGGAGAAAAAUUGAAGUGUAACAUGAGAA